AUGAAGGCGAAGGGCCCCAGGGCCCCCCGAGGCAAAUUCUCGAAGGGGAAAUUCAGAAAGCCGCGGGACCCCAACGCAAGAAACGGCAAACGCAGACAGCAGCAGCAGCAGCAGCAGCAGCAGCACGAGCCAGCUGAGAGCCCGCAGCAGCAGCAGCAGUGGGACUCUGAGCAGCUGCAGCAACAGCACAAGGGCGGGAGGCAGGGGACUGAAAAGAAGAGAAAGAGAACUGCUGCAGAUGGCAGCAACCAAACUAACGGGGACGCAACUGCAGCGCAGCAGCAGCAGCAGCAGCAGCAGGGAGCAAAAGCGAAGAAGCGAAAGCACAGCAACCACGAGGCAACGUCGCAGUCACCAGAAAAGCCGCAGCAGCAGCCGCCGCAGAAGCAGCAGCAGCCGCAGAAGCAGCAGCAGCAGCAGCAGCAGCAGCGGAAGCAGCAGCAGCUGCGCUGCUCCGUGUUUGUGCGCAACUUGCCCUUCGACGCAGACGCAGCUGCUGUGUCUUCUCUUUUGAAUUCUUUUGGCGAAAUAAAAGAAAUCCAUUUAGUGAAAACUGACAGAGGGGACUGCAAGGGGGCUGCCUUCGUCUACUUCGCCGAAGAGGCUGCUGCGCAGCGCGCUGUUGCUGCUUCUGCUGCAUAUGAAAGAGAACUGGAGCUGCUGUCGGGGCGGCAGCAGAAGCGGCUGUCGCACCUGCUGGCUGCGCAGCAGCAGCAGCAGCUACUGCAGCUGGACGACGACCCGCUGCAGCAGCAGCAGCAGCAGCAGCAGCAAACAGACGCAGCCCGCGGCGCAGCACUUUUGCUGAAGGGCAGGCGCCUGCAGGUGCUGCCGGCGCUAAGCCGCGAGAAGGCCAAAGAGGCGGCUCAGGAGCGGCGGCAAAAAAAGGCUCUGGAGGGCCCGCGCCGCCGAGGCCACCAGCUGGCCUUCUACGGACUUCCCAGCAAACCCUUUAAGGGUUUAAGUCCUCAAGAAGAAAUCCUAGUUAAUGCUGCCUACAACGAGACAAAAGAAAAACUCAAAAACCCUAAUAUUUUUGUCAACAAAAGGAGGCUUUGUCUGCGCAAUUUGCCGCGCUGGGCGGACGCGAACUUCAUAAGGGAAAAGCUGGUGGGCCUUUUGGCUUCCAUUUUGAAAGAGCAUGCAGAGUCUCCUGCUGCAGCAGCUGCUGCUGCUUCUGCUGCUGCUGCUGCAGAGCAAGCAGACGGGGAUUUCGAGCAGCAGCAAGAGCAGGAGCAGCCAAAAGAACGGCAGCAGCAGCAGCAGCAGCACGCCAAGGGCAAGAAGUCUAAGGAAUGGAAAGCGAAAGCGGCAGCAGCAAUUGGAAAGGUGGCAGUCAUUCGCGAACCGAAAAACCCCAAAGGCCGCAGGGGGCCCCCGGGGGCCCCCCGGAGGUCUUUGGGGUUUUGUUUUGUUGAUUUAAAGUGCGACUUUGCGGAGACGCUGCAGCUGCUGCAUGCAGUUCGAGACAGCAGCAGCUUCUUUUCGAGGCCCAACGAGCAGGUGCAGCAGCAGCAGCAGCAGCAGCGGGAGGCGAGGCGCCCCAUUGUGCAGUUUGCGCUGGAAGAUGCGCGAAAAGUUAAAAUUAAGAAAGAACGGAUUGCUGCUUUUGCGAGUUUGUUGAAAAAAAGAAAAGAAGAAGCAGAAUUGGAGAAUCCAGAAGAAGCAGAAAACAACAAAAAAACAAAAAAAUUCAAAAAGAAAACUUAUAGCAGAGGCAAGCAACACGAGCUGUAUGUACACCCCAAACCGCAGAUGCAGCAGCAGCAGCAGCAGCAGCAGCAGCAGCACGAGAAAAGUCUCCUUCAACAGUCUGCUGCUGUUGCUGCUGCUGCUGUUGCAGGUCGGCGGCAGAGAGAGAAGAGGAGGCAGCAAAAGCUUGCUGCAGCGGGAGCUGGGCAGCAGCAGCAGCAGCAGCAGCAGCGGCAGCAGCAGCGGCGGAAGGUAAAUGAAGAGUUCAGCGACGAUGAAAAUGCAGGCUUUCCUAUGUAUAAGUCGGACGGCAGCUCGCGGAGGAAAAGAAGAAAAGUGAAUGCAAAUGACGGAGAAGACCUGGAGAUGCUCUGCCAGGAGAAGCGAGCAGCAGGAGCAGCACUAGAAGCAGCAGCGGUAGCAAAAGGAGCACAAGCAGCAACAGCAGCAGAAGUGACACCAGCUGCAGCAGCAGGGAACAGCAGCAGCAGCAACGCGCACACAUCAGCUGCAGCAGCAGCAGCAGCCCCUUAG